AUGGUCUCCCACCUAUCAACCGCGAAGGCGCAGCAAACAAGUGCCAUCGUUAUCUUUUGUACCAUCGCCAGUUGUGCCUCGAAUAGAGUCGCAGGAUUUUUCCAAUUCACUGCCAAGGAGACCGGUAGGUCGGUCACCCGCAUGCAUGUCGCCAUUUCGCUCUGUCCGAAGAAUGAAAGAACCCUUUCAGCUGAGGUUGCCAACAUCGCCAGCAUCAAUGGACGCACCGACACCGAACUUUCCAGAAAAGCCAGCAAGAUCACCAAGGCCACGAGGCGGGCAUUCCCUGAGGACGUGGCGCUCCGACCAGAAUCUGAAGGUUGA